AUGAAGCGGGCUUCCUACCCAGCAGAGUCUCUUGCAGCGUGGUUGCACCUCAAUGGGGUGACCUCAAAUGGAGUGAAAUUUCAAAGGGCCGACACGGGUGAUCUGAGCGCCGAGAAAGGUACUGCGGUGAUAGCAACCGAGUCUCGAGUCAGUAGUAUGAGCGACGCCGAACCUACGAUUCUUUUCCGAGUCCCAGCGGACUUGGUACUCUCAUUGGAGACUGUCCAUGACCAUGCCAAGUCAGAUCAGCACCUACGCGAGGUCUUGGAUGCUGUGGGAGCGUUUGGCACUACCACACGUGGAGCAAUUCUCAUAUUUCUCCUACUUCAAUUGACACACUCAAGCCCAGAUAUAACCCAGCGUAUUGGGGUGUCAAGUCCCUGGGCGGAAUAUGUCAAGUUCUUCCCAGAAUCAUUUCCUCUGCCAACUUUCUAUCGAGGCGAGGAAGUAUCACUGCUCGAAGGUACUUCGCUCUCAUCUGCAUUAAACGGCAAAGUCACGGCCUUGGAAAGAGAAUUUGAGCAUUUACGCCAGUCGACCGAGAGCAUACCCUGGUGUCAGCAGUGCUGGUGGGACGCGGAUGCGGGGAGAUUGUCCAUCGAAGAUUGGCAAUAUGUGGACGCCGCGUAUCGAUCACGCAUGGUCGAUUUGCCUAGUAUCGGACAUUCUAUAGUGCCCUGCAUCGAUAUGGCCAAUCACACCGGCGGAGGGGAAGCGAAAGCCCUUUACGACGUGAGCUCGGAGGGCAGCGUAAUCCUGCAGUUACGUUGGGGUCAAGGAAUACAACCGGGGGAAGAAGUGACCAUCUCAUACGGUGAUGAGAAACCAGCAUCCGAGAUGUUGUUCGCCUACGGAUUUUUGCCGGAUGAUCUGGCUGAUGCCAAGCAAGUUUUAUUAGACGUGACACUGCCCGAAGACGACCCCCUGGCAGUCGCGAAGAAUAUGUUCUGUCGUAAGAACCCCGGGCUCAAGCUAUCGGUCGGUGGUGCAAACGAGGGUCAGACAGAUGAAGCUGCCUCAGACAUUCACUGGGAAAGCCAACUGAUUUGGUGGGCAAGUGUCAACGAAGAGGAUGGCCUCCACAUCGGAAUCGCGCAACGUACCGAUGGUACCAAGGAGCUCGAGGCACGCUGGAAAGACCACCCCAUUCAGUCUUGUGAUCAGCUUCUGGGCUUUCUUACAGCAGAUCCAUCCUGGGAGAUUUUCCAACUACGAGCGGUCAUGUUAGUUCUCCAGCGAGUGGAGACGCAGCUUGCUUCGCUUCAUCGGGUCAGCAACGCAAUCGACAGCAUUCGCGAUGAUGAAGCACUCAUGGGGAAACUUUUCAGACCAGAGGUCAUGGCUACUGUUUCCAAGUUACGAACGCUCGAGGAAGAUUUGCUGCAGCGAUCAAUUCAGAGUCUUAUCAACCAGAGAAACACCCUUGUGGAAUCGCCGGCGGUCAUGUCAUAUCUUACGAAGCAGUCGGUCCCGGAGGACGUUGAAGACUUUUCGUGA